UUAAAUAUAAAUGAAGCUAAAUGCUUUUUCAUCACAAUAUAAACGUGUGGCUCUAGCGCAGCGCAGGGCACCAACUACACCUAAGCCAUCACUCGAAACAAAACAACAAACAAAAGCAAAUGCCAAGGGCAAAAAGGGGAAUUCGAGCUCGAAAUUACGCAACUACUCGGCAGCGUCUGGUGCCCGAUGCGCCCCCGUCACUAUUUUACUGUCCCCACAUGGCCACAUUUCCGCCACCGCCACCGGCUACCACCUGCCGCCUGCGCCCUCUGCUUCUUUAGACCUCCGGAUCGCGCCGAGAUUGAGCCGUAGCCGACUGGUCGCCGCGUCCCCUCUCCCCGCACAGCAGCAGCAGCAGCAGAGGAUGGAGGCGGGCCUGGCGCUGCAGACGCGGGCCGCGGGCUUCGGCUCCGGACGGCGCCGGGGCGGCCUACAGUCGCCCAUCGGGAGCCUGAGAGUCGCUGAUCCGGCGGGAGCUGCGGUUGCCGCGGGCUUCGGCUCCGGACGGCGCCGGGGCGGCCUACAGUCGCCCAUCGGGAGCCUGAGAGUCGCUGAUCCGGCGGGAGCUGCGGUUGCCGUGCGGGCUCGCGGGUCCAAGCCCGUCGCACCGCUCCGUGCCAAGAAAUCGUUCGGAGGUCAUGAAAACUUGCAUAACUCCGUUGACGAAGCUCUCCUGUUGAAGAGGAAAUCCGAAGAAGUUCUGUUCUACUUGAACGGGAGGUGUAUUUACUUAGUAGGAAUGAUGGGUUCUGGAAAAAGUACAGUGGGGAAGAUUAUGUCUGAAGUCUUGGGUUAUUCGUUCUUUGACAGUGACAAAUUAGUGGAGCAAGCUGUUGGAAUGCCUUCAGUUGCUCAAAUAUUCAAGGUUCAUAGCGAAGCCUUCUUUCGGGAUAAUGAGAGUAGUGUCUUGAGAGAUUUGUCCUCCAUGCAACGAUUAGUUGUUGCCACCGGCGGUGGUGCUGUUAUCCGACCAGUUAACUGGAAAUAUAUGAAGAAGGGCCUAUCUGUUUGGUUAGAUGUGCCCUUGGAUGCUCUUGCUAGGCGUAUUGCUAAAGUGGGAACUGCCUCUCGUCCUCUCCUGGACCAACCAUCUGGUGAUCCAUACACAAUGGCCUUCUCUAAGCUCAGCAUGCUUGCAGAGCAAAGGGGUGACGCUUAUGCAAAUGCAGAUGUAAGGGUUUCUCUAGAAGAGAUUGCAUCUAAGCAAGGUCACCAUGAUGUCUCUAAGCUGACACCCACUGAUAUCGCAAUUGAGUCACUUCAUAAGAUCGAGAGCUUCGUCAGCGAGCACACUCCUGAUAAUCCAGCUAGCGACUCGCAAGCUGAGUCGCAGAUCCAAAGGAUACAGACCUUGUAGAACCUUGAUCCUUUUGUUUGUACCGUAGUGUACCACCUAGAGCAUCGUUGAGUUAUUUGUUCGUUGCAUUGUCACGAGGGAGGAGAAAACCUGAAGCAUUUCUUGUUAUAAGCUGUAAAGGAAUGGAAUAAGGGAGAUAAAUCCGAAGUGUACCGUUGGCUGAAACAUCACUUUCUUCA